GCAUGUUUGGACGAAUGAUACAUGUCAGCCCGACUGAUUUCCGAAGCAGUAGCCCUGAAAUCACUUGCAUGUUUCUGCGGAGCUAGCCCAUAUCCAGCUGGUGUGAGAGCACUCUUAAGACAGAGACAUCCCACUUUCCUUGCGUCUCUAAUUUUGCAGUCUUCAUAAUCCUCGCGGACACUCUCUUGCACAUUCUUCCAGCGAAUUCUUCGGCAAGCAGCCCUACAAGCAAGCACAGUCACAACCGAAAGACAUCCACACACCAUGGCCUCCGUCCAGACCCAGACCAUGUCUGCCCCCCACACAUUCACAACCGUCCUACGCGGACACAGCACAGCACCACUCGCCAAACCCAGCACCCGCUCGACUCGGGCUUCAAAACCGCUGCUGGCGUACUCACCAAACAUCGCCCCCGCCCACCCAGACAUCAACAUGACCCUACUCCGCAACAAGCUCAUCCUCACAUGCCGGAACUACAUCCCACGGGUGCUCCUCCACGAAGCCGUAGCAGACGGGAUCUGGUCUUCCGCAUCACGCUGGAUAACGCCCUCCUCACAGACCGCCAGCAAGUACGGCAAGAGAAAAAGAUACUACGUCCUGCACACCGACAGUUUCACAUUCCAGCCCGUGUCGUCCGCGUGGGAAGCGCGCAUCGUAGCUGACAGCGCACCAAUCGACGCCGGGAACGGGGUUGUCAUCUUUGUCAAGGAGAGGAAAGAGUGGACAGCGUUUAUGCGCGGGUACAGGAGGCAAGGGAAGAGGGGCGCGGGCCAGCUGCUUAAGGAGAAGCAGCAGAGCGUUGAGCGCGGCUGGAAAGAUGAGUGGAAGAGGAAGUGCGGAUUAGUCGGUGAGGGGGGUGAUGCGCCGGGGAAGGCCAGUGCGAGGAGGGAGGUUAAUGCGGGACCUAUGUGGGUGCUCGUCAAGAGCGCCGUUGGUACGAUCGUAAGAGGUGAGGCCUGAAGACCCUGAUCUUGGGCUUUGUUGUCGCGGCGAGUGUUUCUUUGCAGCGUGGGUCUGGGUUUUGCAUGUAUCGGCGUUAUUAGUGAAGAUCCGCCGGCGGUUUUCGAGGCGAAGCUACGAUUUACGACAUAACUGCAUAAGCGAGCUUGCCACAGCCGUCAUUGGACAAAGAGGGGCGCUCAAGAUGCUCCGACAUGAACAAAGAGAUUAUAGACAAAUAUCAAACAUUUUCUUGAA